AUGGGGCGGGAAGAGUGCUCUGUGGAUGAUUGGACUAGGCAGGUGGCGGUCGAGGUCGCGGAGGAGUUGGGGAUGCCUGUCCCGGAGGUGUUUAGGUGUGUUCCUCUGAACUCGCCAGGAGUGAUAUUCCAAUACCGCAUUAUGCUGGAGGUUAUGAGUCUGUUGACUCUGGAGCAGCACAAAGAGUUUCUUGCUCACUUCUCGUCCGAACAGUGGUCUGAUCCUGUUCAGGAAGGGAUGGAAGCUGAUGUCAGCAGUACUUCUGCUGAUGGAAGCCCAGACGAAGAGGUAGGGGUUGAGAAACGAAUCGAGGAAGAGGACGGGGACAGCAGUACUUCUGCUGAUGCCCACAAGGCAGUAAUUGCAAGUGAGUCGUCGUCAACAUCGCCACGAAGACCUUGGCUUUCGGGACGCAGCUCGGAGGAGAGCGUCAAUAUGAGCGACAUGGAGGUGGUGGAUGAGGUCGAUGCGGAGGAGCCUGUGGUGCGGGAGGCGCCGCGUAGAGUGCGGUUUACACCGGUGUUCCCUUUCAAUUUUUACAGCGUGGACUCUCAUUUCCAUUUGGACCGGCUGUGUGCCAGGAUAGGGAUAAGCCCAGUGAACUUCGCCAAGACUGUACGUCGUGUGAGGCCGGAGGAGAAUGUUGGACUGGACGGAGCGGUCGCCGUAUGGUGCGACCCCUCCACAUAUCCUACCAAGCGCCAGGUGUCGCAGCUACGGAAAAACAAGGUGGUGUCGGUGAUAGGGAUUCACCCUGGCAAGGUGAUUGAGGUAGAUGUUGAAAGGCUGGCCACUAUGCUCGAUUCGUACGAGGUCGUGGGUUUAGGUGAAGUCGGGCUGGAUGGCACCAAAGGUGAUCCAGAACUUCAACGGAGGACGUUGGACGAGGCCCUCGUCCUAUUAAAGGCUCGUCCACGUCUGGUGCUAGUAUUGCACUGCCGUCCAGGGCCUCGAGAGAGCUUCAUGAGCGCGUACUACGAGCUAUUUUACCGCUGCAAGGGGAUACAUUCUCCUGAGCAGCGGAUCCAUCUGCAUUGUUUUAACGGAUCCCUCGAGGAAGUCAGUUUGUGGUUGGGGUAUUUUCCCAACACAUACUUUGGUUACAGUCUGAUGGUGGCCCGUAGAGAUUUUUCGGAAAGCAGCAAGAUGUCCUUGAGGCGGAUUGAUGGAGGCAGACUGUUGCUAGAGUCGGAUGCUCCAUACUUUCCGGCAGCCGGUGAGGAGCUGUCAUCACCCUCCUUUAUCGGAGUGACGGCGCAAGAGGUUGCCAAGAUCCGAGGUUGCAGCUGGAGGGUUAUGUUGCAGCAGACGGCCGAAAAUGACCAACAGCUCUACUGGGGCUAG